AUGGCAAGGCGGAACAUUGUAUACUUUCCUUUUCGACCCCUGUGCCCUGGCUUCUCUGGAGAACUGACCGGAUUCAUGAUGGGGUAUUACAAGAGCUCGUUCGAGCAAGACGGAGCCAAGAAGUACUAUACACUGACCCAGUUCGAAAUGUCUACUUAUCUGGUUGCAUAUGCCAAUGGACGUUUCGCACGCCUGGAAAGCUCUUAUAAGGGACCUCUGAGUGGGAAGACCCGUCCCUUGCGCAUAUACUCAUUCUGGGUGCAGGCUGAUGUGAUUCAUCAGGCUCAGUAUGCCCUCGACAUCAAAGCAAAAGUUCUCCCAGUCUAUGAGGAGAUUUUUGACAUCGAAUACCCUCUCCCAAAGCUGGAUACUCUAGCGGCCCGUAAUUUUGAUGCAGGCGCUAUGGAGAACUGGAUCGGUAAGCCGAUGCGCUCCACUCUCAACAUAACCAUAACACCUUUUACUAGCGUGUACCCGGAAUGGAAGGUCGACAGCUUAUUCAUAUUCGAGCAUUUGAAUGAUGCGCCGGAUCUUGAUGCCAAAUUGUCUUCUCAUCCGAUUGAAGUUCAUCGUCCUGCUGCCAACCAGAUCAACCAGAUUUUCGACUCCCUUUCAUAUGCCAAAGCAGGCCCUGUUUUGCGCAUGCUAUCCAACUUUGUUGGCGAGGAGCGCUUCUUGAAAGGUGUUUCGAUCUACCUCAAGAAGCAUCUAUACGAAAACACUGUCACCAGAGACCUGCGGCAGGGCAUCUCAGAGUCCACUGGGAUCGGCUUUCCUGUCAUCGCUGUCACUGAGGGUGAAAAUGGUAUCCAUGCCCGCCAGGAUCGUUUCCUGGAGUCUGGAUCUGCAGAAGAAAAGGGCAAUGAGACGAUAUGGAACGUGCCUUUGGCCCUGCUGACAGCUACUAACGAUAAAGUCAACAUUGAUAAGCCCGCCGAUCUUGACACUAGGGAGAAGGCGCUCCCCACCGAUACCUCAAUGCCUUUCAAGCUCAACGCGGGGACCUACGGUGUUUACCGCGCGUUGUACUCUGAUGAGAGGUUCGCAGCGAUUGCUAGGAAGGCUGCCAAGGGCGAUACUGCGUUCUCGCUGAAUGACCGCAUUGGCCUUCUGCAUAAUAUUACCACUUCGGCGUCAACUUGGUGGGAGCACGAGGUUAUCGUCAACAAUCAUGAACGACGCGAUAACCUACCACUAGGCUUCCUGCGGCUGUUACCAGGCGUUGGAGCUGCCUUCGUUGGGGCUCGCGGCUCUACUACGUCCAUGCUAGCUAGCUGCAGAGCUCAGCUGCGGCGUGACGGAGCGACUCAGCUCAUUAGAUGGGGGUGGCCGGGCGCGGACGACCGCUGA